AUGACUGUGGAGGUGUCCCUGCAGCCGUGGCGCGCGUUCAAGCCCGACGGCGUGAUCCUGUUCAGCGACAUCCUCACGCCGCUGGCCGGCAUGAACAUCCCCUUCGACAUCCUCACAGGCAAGGGCCCCGUCAUCGACAACCCCAUCCGCACCCUGGAGCAGGUCAAGCAGAUCACCAAGCUGCAGGCCGAGGAGUCCUGCCCCUUCGUGGGCGAGUCCCUCCGCAUCCUGCGCCAGGAGGUCGGCAACCAGUCGACCGUGCUGGGCUUUGUGGGCGCGCCCUUCACCCUCGCCACCUACGUCAUCGAGGGCGGCUCCAGCAAGUCCUUCGCCCACACCAAGCGCAUGGCCUUCGCGCAGCCCGAGGUGCUCCACGCCCUGCUGGACAAGCUGGCGGACAACGUGGCCGACUACGUGCGCUACCAGGCCGACGCGGGCGCCCAGGCACGGCCCCGCUCGACGCACGCCUAG